GCGUAUCAUGCCAGCCAUAUCUGCGUUUGAGAACACGUAACAACAGAGCAAAAACAUGGCCGAAUAUCAUUCUGCUGUCGUUCAGUGAAAUUUUGUGUACAGUAAAAGGACAAUUCGACAAGUUCGAGCGGCGCAUCUGAAUUGGAAGGCAUUAUUAUGACUUCGAUUCACUUCGUCGUUCAUCCUUUGCCAGGAACGGACGAUCAACUUAUUGACAGGCUGAAAGAAGUAGCAGAUAAAAUCAAUAGAUAUGGAUUUGUAACACCAUCAGCUUUCAAUGGCUUAAAAGUACCAAUAAAGCGUGUUGUAGUAGGACCAACGCAUAUUGCUCUUCUUACAGAGGAUAAUAGAAUAUGUCGAGUUGCAUAUACAGUGUUAUCUGAUAGAUUGGACUUGAGUAAAAGUGAACCUAAUAGAAAUACAAGUAAAAAUCAUGUUGGAAAUUCUAAUUCUACACCAAAUGGAAAUGGAAAUAGUAGCAGUAAUAGUAGAACAGGAAUGUCACGUUCACGUGCACGGAUAAUGCGUAACAGUUCUGCAAUUCGUGGAGGUAGCAAUGCCGGAGGGAGUGGUGCUGGUGGUCGUAUAGGACCGCCAGGAGUAAUUAUGGGAGGAGGAAGCAGCAGCAGUUCACGUCCCAUCCCAUCUGUGCCAGCACCAUUUGUACCAGAAGAUCUGAUAUCUCAGGCACAAGUAGUACUGCAAGGAAAAAGUCGUAAUCUGAUUAUCAGAGAAUUACAGCGUACAAAUUUAGAUGUUAACUUAGCAGUAAACAAUCUUCUGUCACGAGAGGACGAAGAAGGUGAUGAUGCGGAAGAUGCAGCAGACAGUUAUGUUCCAGAAGAUCUUAUAUCACUAUUAGAUAGUGGCUUUAGCAAUGAGCAUUCAGUUAUAAUUGAUGCUGAUUCUAUGUUUUCUGAAGAUAUGUUUGGAUACACGGGAAUAAGACAUCGUGGAAGCUCUUCGCGCCGCUUAGGGAAUGACAGAGAGGGCGAGCGUUCAUCUCAUGAAAGAGAUAAUAGAGAUCGUGAUAGUUUUAGUAGGUGGCGAGAGCGUCAAUAUUAUGGUCCGCGUCGUUGGUUGGAAACUGCUCUUAAAGAUUCGUGGGAAAAGGAUUCAGAUAAUAAGAAGAAAGAAUUAGCAUCGCAAAGUCCACUAUGGAUAUCUGAAGAUUUAGAGUGGUGGCACGAUCGCAGUAACGAUCCAGUACCCCGUUUUGUACAAAUCGCAUCGCUUUACAGUGAAUUAAUUGCAGUUUCUGCAUCAGGACAAUUGUACCAAUGGAAAUGGACAGAAUCGGAACCGUAUAAAAAUGCAGAUAAUCCAAAUGUGCACCAUCCAAAAACCAUUCCAUUGGCAUUGACAGCAGAAAAAAUAGUCAAUAUAUCUGCUACAGCAAUUCGAUGUUCUGUUAGUACCGAGAAUGGAAAAGUAGCAACUUGGCUUGAUGAACUUUUAGGACAUGUUGCUUCCCGUCUUGAGCAUCCUGCACAAGCUUUCACUGAAUUUACAUUGGAUAAAAUUGUAUCACUUUAUACAUGUGCUUUGUACACUGUUGCAAGACUCGAAAGUGGAACAUUGUAUUGGUGGGGCGUUUUACCAUUUGCACAACGUAAGAAAUUGUGGGAAAAAUACAAAGCAAAAUCACGCAAGCAUAGACCAUCCACUGUUUUAUCAAGCGACAUUAGUUAUGGGACACAUGUAUGCAUGAAAAAUAGUCCAGUUUAUCAACCAGGAGCUAUUGGAUUUACAAUAGCUAAUGGUAUACCAAAAGUGGGACAGUUGCUAUCGGCAGCAUGGAAUGUAGAUGCUACUUGUAGAUUUAAAAUAUUACCUGCUGGUACACAUGUAUCUAACACAAACACUGAUAAACGCGAGUCUAAUGGAAAUGGAACCACAACAGUUGUAAACAAACCGAAUCAUAAGGAAACUGCUGAUAGACUUGAUAUGCCUCCUCCACCAUCACCAGCUUCGAGUACUUGUAGUGAUACUGGCAGCAUUACAACAAGUCACAAACGACAGAAACGUAUAACACCUCGAAGUGAAGGAGAAUUUGAAAGAAAGGACGAAGAAGAUUGGCAAUUGAAAGAUGUUGUUUUUGUCGAAGAUGUCAAAACUGUACCUAUCGGAAAAGUUAUCAAAGUUGAUGGUUGCUAUGUAGCAGUUAAAUUCUUUUCAAGAGAUUCAAAAGAAAAGGAAAUUAAAGAAAAGGAUUUUAGUCAAUCAGAUUUUAAGGAUCUUACAACGGAGGAGCCAAUGAAGUUAUUAGCAGAUUGUAGACUCUUACGUAAAGAUGAGUUACAGGUAAUUAAAUCGUCAUUAAAUCCACGAGCCCCGGAUUGUUUUCAAAGAACACCUAGAAGAGUUAACAUAAUGGAAAGUUCAAAUGAUAGUUUGUUAACUAUAUCCAUUGAUGGACAAGGUAUUCAUGCUAUAUUAAAAAGUGGAAACAAAUUGAGUUAUGUAGUGUACAAUUUAAGUACAGGAAGAUAUGUUCAAGAUCGUUAUAUUCCAUCUGAUAUUUCAUCAUUUUUGGGGCUGCAACCUCAAAAUAUUAAUCUUACAAGUGCAGGAGAGAAUAUCGAAUGUUCUAUGAUUUUACGAGAUGGUAAUAACACUAUUUACCCGAUCGCGAAAGAUUGCGCUGACGCCAUACGCGACCCAAAUUGGCUGGAUCUAGUACCAGUAAAUUGCAUAGGUGCAGCAACUAUUCCCAUUUCUAGCUGCUCCAAUUCAUCCAACUUAAAAAAUCAGGUUGCAGUUAUCGCAUUAGCAUUCGACAAUCUUUUGCUUAUGCCACGUAUAUUGCGAUGUGAUUACGAGAGUGUAAAACAAGUAUUUUGUAAUUUGGAACAAGACCUAAAGAACAAUUUGACAUAUUUAAACGCAAAUUCACAAAUUCAAACAAUACUAAAAGAACGCUGUGAUGGCAAUCGAAAUAUACUUCACGCUUGUGUUAACAUGUGUUCACCAACUUCCAAUAAAGAAACUGAACAAGUUAUUGAACGUGAAUUGGUAUCGAAUGCAGUAGAUAACACUUCUGCACCUAUUGAAGAGCCAAUUCCGACAUUAAGUUGGCCACCUGAAGCAUUUGAUAAUACAUCCGGAGAAGAGGACAGUUUGUUAAGCAUAGGUGCUGCUAGCAUAUCUAUGAUGAAUAAAUCUAAUAUUGGGGCUACAUCUAAUAAUACAUACAUUAUAGAUUCCGUUGAAAGGCGACAUAAUGCACUGCUUAUACUAAAAUAUAUGUGCGAAAAUAAUAUUCUAAUACCACACUUGAAGGAAUUGUUGACAGCAAAGGAUGCUCAAGGACAAACUCCGCUCAUGCUCGCCGUAUCGGUUCGUGCGUAUCAUGCAGCUCUUAUUUUAUUGGACACUAUACAAAAAGUAGGCAAAGAUGCAAAAGAUAUUUCAGCCAUGAUACUGCCAGCUGAUGCCAGUCCAGAUCUUUCUCCAUUAUUUGUUACUUGUUGCAAUGAUACGUGCAGUUUCACAUGGACUGGGGCUGAACAUAUUAAUCAAGACAUUUUCGAAUGUAGAACUUGCGGUCUGACGGGAUCUUUGUGUUGUUGCACUGAAUGCGCUCGUGUUUGUCAUAGAGGUCACGAUUGCAAGCUUAAAAUAACUUCUCCCACAGCAUAUUGCGAUUGUUGGGAAAAAUGUAAAUGCCGUGCUCUCAUUGCCGGUCAUCAAGGUGCGAGAUAUGAUUUGCUGUGUCGUCUCAUAAACAAUACUGAUCUUGCCACGAAGAUUAAUUCACGGGGUGAAAGUAUUUUGUUAUUCUUGGUGCAAACAGUUGGAAGACAACUAGUCGAACAACGACAAUUUAGAUCAGCACCUAGACAACGAUCAACCUCGGCUAGUCGUAAAGCACCGACGUCAGACGGUUUAGGUACAGAUUCAGAUAUGCCAGAUCAUGAUUUGGAGCCUCCUCGAUUCAGUCGAAAAGCGCUUGAAAGAUUGUUGAAUGAUUGGCCAGCUGUUCAAUGUAUGAUUAUGUCAGGUGUUUCUGAAAAUGGUACUAAUCAAUUAUUUGGUGAUCAGGGACAAUUAUGCCGGCAAAGUGGUACCGCAUUACUAGACAAAUUUACGCAUACCUUAUUUACUAAAUGUAGCGCCGAAGUAAGUGGAUUAAUAAUAUUUAUAAAAAGUAUACCGUCUGACGUCGGUGCUUUACGACUAGCCGAGGUUGAUCGUUGUCUAGGUGCUGAUCUAAAUUGUCGUUGUUCGACUAGUUGUCUUCCAACUGUUUGCACCAAGAAUAACAAAAUACUUUCACCCCUAAUGCCGGUGCAAUGUGAAAAAUAG